AUGGGUUUGGAUGUAAAGGCCAUUGUCAUUACAAUUUGUAAAUUCUCCUUCAAAAGUAUGUGUAAAUGUGUAAAGAAAUAUCCUAUCCUCUCAGGACUUAUGUGCAUAAUCUUUCUCAUAUACGUAUUCAAUCCUUCAAUUUUUGUUUUCUUGAUCUACACUUCCCCAUUAAUCGUUGUCACUACGCUCCUAUAUCGGUUAUACCUGAAACAUAGAAAGAGUAAAAAUGUCAUUAAUAAAGAGAGAAAAAUUGAGAAGUAUUCAAUCUCUUCUACUGCUGGAGCGAAGACCAAGUCCAUCGAGUCUGAUCGACCGAUUCCCACCAAACCCACUCGAUCGAUGUCUCAGAGGAGGAAUAAAGAGAAGUUCUUCGUGGAUGCUGAUCCAACAACUGCCCAAGAAAUUAAAGCCAGCAUUAGUGAUUUUCUCAUGGCGGCUGCUCCAACAACCAAUUUGGACUUGCUAGACAAAGUUGGCUUUACUAAUGAAAGAGAUACAAAUGAUGAAUCAAGAAUAAUGAAAGAACAUCAAGAAGGACAAGGCUCCCUCGACGAGAGUAAGGAUUCGUUGCUUGAUGGUGAUACAUCAAAUCAUGAUAAUCAUCUAAGUGAUUUUCCCCUUAAAAGUCGACAUUGGGUCAAAGGCAUUGGAGGAGAAGAGUUUGGAAGCUCAGAAGAAGAUGCAGAGAUUCAUGAGGAUAGAAACCAUGCGAUGGAGUGGAACGAAGACGAUCAGAAGAAUUUGAUGGAUUUGGGGAUCUCAGAGAUUGAAAGAAAUAAGCGUCUAGAGAGCUUGAUUGCGAGGAGGAGAGAGAAAAAGUUGUUCAAGAUGAAAACCGAGAAAGGGAUGGUAGAUAUAAAUAUCGGCCCUUGUACCUCACCCAUUGCGUCGACAACAUCAAUUAUUGCUCCAGUCUUUAUCUCGAGGAAUGAUCCAAUCCACAUUAGUCAUGGUUUGAUAGAAGAUCAAUUCCCUGGCUCUGCACCAUCCAUUUUGCUGCCAGGCAAAAACCCAUUUGAUCUCCCUUACGACCCACACGAGGAGAAGCUUGAUCUCAUGGCAGAUAGCUUCCAACAAGAAUUUUCUAUCACUCCCCAUAAAGAAAUGUUCAUGUGUAGGCACGAAAGUUUCUCUUUAGGGACACAUUUUCCACUGCCGGGAAUUCUUGAUGGUCAAAUGGGACAUCCAAAGCCUAGCCUCCAAUUCGGCAAUACUGAUGAGCAAAAACCAUCAUGGAACAAAGAUUCAAUAGCACGGACAGUGAGUGUUACUGAUCUUGUUACAGAUCUUUUUGAGACAGAGGAACCAAAUCAAUCUCCUGGGAAAACAUCAUCGAUCGAAGAAAAAGAAUCAGAAGUUGUCAGCAAAAUGACAAUUGAUCAUAUGGAAAGAAUCAAAGAGAAGAACCUAAAAGAAGCUAUUAAUAAAACCGAAAUACCAACAGAGGGAAAUGAAAUUUCCCCAAACCCACGACCCCCAGCCUUGCCUCGUCCGAUUCCUAAAGCUGCAAGUGCAAGUGAUCUUUCCAAUGAUGCAAGUUUGUCAAUAAUUCACCAUACAAGAGUUGAUGAUCACUACCCAAAUAAAGCGUCAUGGCAUACUCCGACCAACUCUGUUGCAUCAGACUUGCAAGUGGAAGUAUCAGAGGUCAGUUCUCCUCCGUCAACAGUGGAUGGGGCUGAUACCGACGAUGAUAAGUCAUUGACUUACGAUGCAGACGUUGAGAAGGAGAUCAAUUCAGGGAGCGAGGAAUUGUGGGGGUUAUCUCCACAUGCACCAAAGAUAGGGAAACAUGAAUUAGCACUGAGAUUUCUUGAUGAGGCUAGUGAGGAAGGCAUGAGGAAGACAUGGUUAUCGACUUGUGCUGCUGACGAAUCUAUAAGUGCAGCCACGUCUCCUGUACCACUAGAAAUGAAAUCACAAAGCCAAGUAAGGUCAAAAGAUUUUGAUGGGGAGAUCAAAAGUGACAUGAAACAAGUUGAAAAAGAAGCAGUUUCAGAGCUUUGGAUAAAGGGUAACGUUGGGCAACCGACGACUGAAAAUGAAGAUAUAGUUCCUUUGCCGGAUUCUGAGGAAACAUUAGACUCUUUACAUGAGGGCACCAAAGUAGAGACGAUGAUAAAUCAUGACACUGGUGAAGUUGAUGGCAAAGAUAAGAAGGAAGAACUAAGAUCAAUUGAACAACAAACCAUUUAUGAAAUCAAAGACAACGAGUUGAAACCAAUAGAGGAACUUAGUUUAGAACUUGAUAGCAAUAUCGAGCGGGAACUACUGCAAGGUCCAGAAAAAGUGGUUGAUGUUAUAGUAAAGAGAACAACAGAACAAACAGAUGGUUCAAGAUCAACACAAGAUUUGAUUGGAACAACUGAGCAGUUACAUAAUGAAGUAGCUGGAGAAAAGUUGGUGACACUUGAUCCUAGUAUAGACAAUAACAGUUUUGUUUCAGCUCAGUUAAAGGAAACUUCAAGGUCUUUAGAACACAUUGAAGAUUUAAGAGAAAAUACAGGUUCACUUGAAGUUGGUGCAAAGAAAAUUGAGUCAAGCUCUUCAUCGAAGUCCGUUCUACCAAUUCAACCAAAUAUUAGGACAGAAGAAGAUAUCAUUGAUUCAAGCUUUAAUACUACUCCAGGUAAUCAUAGUUAUGUUCCAACUCAAGCCGAUGAAACUUUAAGGUCCACUGAAGAAGUUAAAAAUUGUAAAGAAGACACCGGGAGUGAGAACAUUCAACAAAUCUUGGAAUCAGGUGAAACUCAGUUGACAACCUCAAUUAAGAAUGACGCAGAAACGUCAGACAGUUUUGAAGUUGGAGUUAUAGGAACGAAUCUAAGUUCUAUGUCAACAACUUCACUACCUAUGCAACCGGAGUUGACGGUGGAUGACGAACUCAUCAAUCAAAGCUCAUUGUUAUCACCUGCUUCUGUUUUGAUUGACAUGAAUCAAGCAACACAACUAUAUCCUUCACCUAUAAGAGAGCAGAGGCACAACAUGGAUAACUUAGUAUUUCAGUCAGAACAGAAUCCAUUGAGUCAUAAUUCACUUAAUGAACAACCGUUAUUAGAAACUUCUACAAGUUUUUCAACAGCAGAGCAACCACAUAGAAGUACUUCUUCAGAUGAAGCUGGCAUCAAUAACCUUGAAAUGAGAUUCAUUAAUGGUUUGGUAUGGGAUAAUGACCAAGGACAUGAUCCACAAUAUUCACAGUGGAAUAACAAGUAUAAAGAAGAGAUGAAACCUGCAACUUUGAUUGAAAACAUGUGUAGCAGUGACUCAGGAACAACUAUUGGAACAUGUCAUAUGCAAGAAAUUUCCAAAUCACCAGGGGAUGAUGAUUAUAGUCUCAAUUCUGCAGCACAUGUUGAAGUUGCAAUAGAGAAUGUCACUAAAGGUGAAGCCAAUGGGUCUCAUACUACUCCUGAAGAAAAGGUUGAAAACAAAAUUUCAAGAGACUUACUUGAAGAAAACAAAAUUGUUACUACUGUGACUGACAACAGAAAUGAAGGCGAAUCAUUAUUUUCAAUCACCCAAGAACCCGUUGCAGAACCAUCAAACCCUAAUAAUAUGGUUUCCCACAGACAUGAUAGAGCUGAAUCAAUGUCUACUUUAGAACAGAACUGCAUUGUGGACCCUCUAAGUAUAACUGAUUUGAAUUCCUCAACAUCCAUUGCAAGUGAGUCUUUAUCUCCAAUCAAACAAGAAGAUGGUGAUGGACCAUUAAUAGAAGCAAACUUGAUAUCUUCUACGGACAUUCGAAAUGAGAUUAUCAAUUCGAUUAGACAUGAACCCAAUGCUAAUCCAUUAAAUCUAGUUAGCUCAAUACCUUCAAAAACAUUCAAAGAUGAAUCAUCGUCAUCAAUUGAACCAGAAGCCAGUACUGAAUCAUUGAAAGAAGCUGAUUUGGAUGCUUCCAACAACUUUGAAGACUCCUUUGUGUCCAUUACUCAAGAUGCAGAGGAAGAACCAUUAAAGUCAACUAAUUGUGCCUCUUUAGAGCCUAUCAAAGGAGGCUUAAUAUCACCUCUUAGAGAAGAAGCCAUUGCAGAACCACUGGAACAAGCCACUCCCUAUGACUUUGGUAGGAAAUCCAUGGAAAAAAUAAGUCAAGAAACCAUUUCAAAGCAACAAGAACCAGCUGAACCAGCCUCAUCAAAGACACUUGAGAAAGAAUCUCUGUCAUCAACACAACAUGAGGGUAAUGAGGAAACAUCAAAAGCAUGUGACUUUAUCUCUUCCAAUGUCCUUGAUAGUGAAUCGACAUCAUUGAUCGAGGACGAAGUUAUUUCAAAAUCAUCAAAGUUAUCCAACUCAAUCUCUGAGGAACCUCUUAAAAAAGGAGCACUUGUGGAACCACCAAAACCAACAGAGUCAAGAGCUUUUGGAAGUGAAUCCCUAUCAUCAAUGAUGCAAGCAGCCAUUGAAGAAUCAUCCCAGCUAGAUAACUUGAUCUCCUCAAAUACCAUUGAAGGUGGACCCUUAUCAUCAAUGAAAGAAGAAGUUGUCUUAGAACAACCAAAACCAAUUGACUCAAGUUCCUCCAAGACCUUGAAAAGUGAUUCGUUAUUAUCAAUCCAACAAGAAGCAUCAGCAGAACCCCAUAACUGGGUUCCCAUAGAAGUCCAUGAUGAAAAAUAUUUAUCGUCAAUCAAGGAAGAAGCCAUUACACAAGAACAAAAGCUAGCUGAGGCAGUUUCCUCCAUGAACCAAAUUCAGGCAACAACUCCUCUUCAAAGUGAAUUACUUCAUGUUGAUCCAUCCAAAUCAACUGGGGAAACUAAGAACUCAGGCGUCAAUAUAAAUGGGUCUCAUGAACAGAACAUGGCAAUCAAAAUUGACAACAUUCAGAGCUCUGAUGCAAAUGAUGAUUGUGACCAAACAACAAAUAAACAAGAGGAGAUAAUUGCACAACCCACGGGUAAUGAUGAUCUUGAAUUGAAGGGAGAAAAUCAAAAUAAAGGAAAUUCCUUAAUCAUCCCAUCUCAACCACAGCUUGGAGAGAGUGCUCCAACAUGA